CCUGGCUGUGGCAGCCAUCCCAGAAGGCCUGCCCAUCGUUGUCAUGGUGACGCUGGUCCUGGGAGUGCUACGGAUGGCCAAAAAACGGGUCAUCGUGAAGAAGCUGCCCAUCGUGGAGACGCUCGGUUGCUGUAAUGUCAUCUGCUCCGAUAAGACAGGGACUCUGACAGCCAACGCAAUGUCAGUGACCCAGCUCGUCACAUCCGACGGGCUCCAGGCCGAGGUCAGCGGAGUCGGGUACAAUGGCAAAGGGGCCGUGUGCCUUCUCCCAUCGAAGGAAGUCAUCAAAGAAUUUGCCAAUGUCUCAGUGGGGAAGCUCGUGGAGGCAGGCUGUGUGGCCAACAAUGCUGUCAUCAGGAAGAACACUGUGCUGGGACAGCCCACCGAGGGUGCCCUGAUCGCCCUGGCCAUGAAGAUGAACUUAAGUGACAUCAAAGAUUCGUACGUAAGGAAGAAAGAGAUUCCCUUCAGCUCCGAGCAGAAGUGGAUGGCGGUGAAAUGCACCCCAAAGAACGAGGGUCAGGAGGACAUUUAUUUCAUGAAGGGAGCCUUCGAGGAGGUGGUCCACUGCUGCAGCAUGUACAACAAUGGUGGCAUUUCCCUGCCCCUGACGCCCCAGCAGAAGUCAUUCUGCCUACAGGAGGAGAAGAGGAUGGGGUCACUCGGUCUGCGGGUGCUGGCCCUGGCAUCUGGGCCUAAACUUGGGAAGCUGACCUUCCUGGGCCUCGUGGGGAUCAUUGACCCCCCGCGGGCUGGCGUGAAGGAAGCCGUUCAGGUUCUCUCUGCGUCGGGUGUGGCGGUGAAGAUGAUAACUGGAGAUGCCCUGGAGACGGCCGUGGCCAUAGGAAGGAACAUCGGUCUGAGCAAUGGGCAGCUGAAGACUAUGUCUGGGGAAGAGGUGGACGGCAUGGAGCAGGGUGUGCUGGCGAGCCACGUCGGGCAGGUGUCCGUGUUCUACAGGACCAGCCCAAAGCACAAGGUCAAAAUCAUAAAGGCUUUGCAGGAGUCGGGGGCAGUUGUGGCCAUGACCGGGGAUGGCGUGAAUGACGCAGUCGCCCUGAAGUCUGCUGACAUCGGGAUAGCCAUGGGGCAGAUGGGGACGGAUGUCAGCAAAGAGGCCGCCGCCAUGAUCCUGGUGGACGAUGACUUCUCAGCCAUCAUGAGCGCCGUGGAGGAGGGCAAGGGGAUUUUUCACAACAUCAAGAACUUUGUCCGCUUCCAGCUGAGCACGAGCGUCUCGGCCUUGGCCCUGGUCGCACUGUCCACCGUGUGCAGCCUGCCCAUCCCCCUCAACGCCAUGCAGAUCCUGUGGGUCAACAUCAUCAUGGACGGCCCGCCAGCACAGAGCUUGGGGGUAGAGCCAGUGGACAGAGAUGCCCUGGGGCAGCCGCCUCGCAGCGUCCAGGACACCAUCCUGAACAGAGCCCUCAUCCUGAGGGUCCUCAUGUCCGCCGUCACCAUCAUCAGCGGGACCCUCUUCAUCUUCUGGAAGGAGAUUCCUGAAGACAGAGCCAGCACUCCACGCACCACCACCAUGACGUUCACCUGCUUCGUGUUCUUUGAUCUCUUCAAUGCCCUGAGCUGCCGCUCUCAGACCAAGUUGAUCUUUGAGCUGGGCUUUCUCCGGAACCGUAUGUUCCUCUACUCGGUGCUCGGGUCCAUCCUGGGACAGCUGGCUGUGAUUUACGUGCCCCCGCUACAGAGGGUCUUCCAGACGGAGAACCUGGGCGUGCUUGAUUUGUUGCUUUUAACUGGCUUGGCCUCCUCUGUCUUCAUCUUCUCCGAGCUGCUCAAGCUGUGUGAAAAAUACUGCUCUCGAGCCAGGAACCCCCAGACACACCACGAGGACGUAGAGCAGCCCCACCUGUCACAUCCCUGAACGAGCUGAAGUCUUGGUGCGGGUUCCACCCCAUCCUCUGCAAUGCCCACUCUUCUGAGGGAGACUUUGUGAUAGGGUGGCUCUGUC